AUGACAGCCUCAAAAACAGAGCCUUCGUGGCAGGAUAUCGCCAGUGCGGUUCAGGCAACUCGUGAUAAGUCCUUCGAGCAAGUACACCCCGAGGUUCCUGUACUACCCGAAGCGCUACCAAGCAGGGUAGUCGAUAUUCCACGUCAACACCUCUCACAAUCAGAGGUGGAAAUCACCGAGAGCUCUGCCGAGGUCCUGGUUGCUUCUCUUGCUGCGGGAAAACUGACUGCAACGGCCGUCGCGAACGCCUUCCUUCGACGUGCUAUUAUCGCCCAGAAGCUGACAAAUUGUAUCUAUGAACUUCUCCCCGACCGUGCCCUCGCGAGGGCUAAGGAACUAGAUGAUUUCUUCGCACAGCACGGCAAACCGACCGGACCGCUGCACGGAUUGCCGAUCAGUGUCAAGGCACACAUAGGAAUUUCGGGAAAGGAUAACAGUGCAGGAUUCGUUGGCUGGGUGGGACGAACAAGCCCAGAUGAUGCCAACAUUGUCAAGAUCCUCUUGGAGGCUGGUGCAGUCGUAUAUGCAAGGACCACCGAGCCGCAAGGACUAAUGGCGCUUGAAACAUGCAGCAACAUCACUGGGAAUACGCUCAAUCCGCAUAACACCGCGCUCUCCUCUGGCGGCUCGUCAGGCGGAGAAUCAGCGCUACAGGCACUGCAUGGCAGCCCCCUGGGGAUCGGGUCAGAUAUAGGCGGAAGCAUUCGUUCCCCGGCCGCCAACUGCGGUCUCUAUGGCCUGAAGCCCACCGCAGGUCGGCUGCCUAUCAUCGGAGUGUCAGCAUAUGUGAUGGGGUGUGAGACCAUUCUUGGCACACUGGGGCCACUAUCCCCGACUCUAGAAGGAAUUAGUCUCUUCAUGAGGACAGUACUCUCUGCCAAACCUUGGCUCAGUGAUUCAUCGUUACAUCAGAUUCCGUGGCGCGAAAACGAACCCUUGAUCUAUCAGAACGAAAGGAAGAAAUUGACAAUAGGAGUGAUGUGGGAUGACGGUGUCGUCAAGCCAGCACCUCCAGUAGCCCGAGCUCUACGUGAGACGGUCGACCGAUUGAAAAUGGUUGACAACAUUGAAGUCAUUGAGUGGAAGCCAUAUCAACAAAAGGAGGCUUUGGAAAUCCUUACGAGACUGUAUGCUCCAGAUGGUGGCAAAGCAUUUGCCGAAAACCUGAAGCUCUCCGGUGAACCAUACCUACCCCUGCUCCAGUGGACACUUCGUGAUGCUCCCGGUAUUGAGGAGCUCAGUCUGCACGGCGUCUGGGACUGGACUAUGAAGCGGGAGGUCUUCCGCUACUCGUAUCUACAAGUGUGGAACUCUGUCGCUCCAGAAAUGGAUGUCAUUCUUUGCCCUGCAUAUCCCACACCUGCACCACUCCUCGACACUUCCCGAUACUGGGGAUAUACGUCUGUCUGGAACCUGCUAAAUUAUCCGGCUAUUGUAUUCCCUGUCACACGAGUCGAUGUCGAGAAAGAUGCAAAGGACCUGACAUACACCCCACGGAACGAGUUCGAUAGCUGGUGUCACACGCAUUACGAUCCCAAGAAGCAGAAGGACGCCCCUGUUUCUUUGCAACUCGUGGCUAAGAAAUUUGAGGAUGAGAAGGUCGUGCAGGCAUUGAAGGAAAUUAAAGAGCAAAUUGGACUGCCAUUUAUUGACUGCUUGAAGUAG